AAUAAGAAUGUGACUUAGAAGGAAACAUGAAAAAUUUUACAGGGACUGCAUUUGUUUCUUUUAAUUCUUAGCUUCCUAUUAGACCUAUUCUUAAAGAAUGGGGACAUAAUUCCAGAAGAAGUAUUAUGCAUUUUUUUUUUUCUUGGUAUAAAAAUCCAUAUUAAACAUUUCUAGGAAGAACUUUAAUUAUUACACCUGUAUUAGAUAUUUUUUUCUUUUUGUAUAUUUUUCUUUUUUUUAAUAAAGGCCCCUGCUCCUACUGAUAUUUUAUGGGAAAAUCAACGGUUUUCAUUUUUUAGAGUUUGGAUUAAUAACUCUCUUAUUAUAGUUGUUAGUUUUGCAAUUCUUUUAGCAAGCUUUUAUAUAUAAUUUCUUGUUAUGGCUUAUGUAUAUCCUUUUAAAAAAGAGGCUAAUUUAGAUAUAUAUAAUAGAAUAAGGGCCCUUUUAAUGUCUUUAAUUGUAGUUGUAGUGAAUUCUAUAAUAAGAUUAGUUGUUAUAUAUUUUACUAGAUUACAAAAACUAGAUUCAUAAGUAAAAUAUAAUUCCGCAUUUAUAAACAGAUUUGUAACACUAUUAUUCUUUAAUAGUGCAUUCAUGCCAUAUUUGGUACACGGAAGAUGGGAUGAAUCAAAUUCCAGUAGUUUAUUGUUAUAAGACAUACAUUUUAUAUUUCUUGCAAAUGCCGUAACAGAGCCAAUUACGAAAGUAUUUAAUGUUUUUUGGUUUUAUAGAUUAUAUAAGCAGCAUAAAAUAAAAAAAUACAAAAAGUACGAUCCUAGAAAUUGCCCAUUUACACAACAUGAAGCCAAUUAGUGGUUCGAAGGUCCAACAUUUAGUUUAGCCAACUCUUAUGCUUUCAUUGGAAGAACGUUAGUAUUAACAACAUGGUAUGCUUCUGUAGCUCCUUUAGGAAUUAUAUUUUCUAUAUUUGGGUUAAUUGUUAAUUAUUAUGUAGAUAGAUAUUUCUUAUUAAAAAUAUCUUCUUGUCCGGAAACCUAAGAUGAGGAAAUAUGUAAAACAAUGAUAAAUUCUUUAGAAUUUCUACCUGUUAUUUAUCUUUGUGGGGUAAUAGAAUUUUAAGCUCGAUUGAAAGUGAGUGAAAAUUUACUUUAUUUUUUUACACAAUUUUUCAAUUAUGGAAUUACUUCGGCUGGAAUAUUCCUUUGUGCAACUGGCUAUUUAGUUCUUUUUAAAAGAGAAAUGCCCAAGCCUGCACUUUCAGAAGCUUCGUAUGAAGAAGCUAAAAUAUUUUUUAGAACAGAUUACGAUUUAGUAAACCCAAUAACUUAAUAAAAGGCAAAUUAAGAAUGGAUGCAUUCUAUAAAUAAAAAAAGAGUCAAUAAUUUAGGAAAUAUUCCAAACACAAACAUGAUGCUGAGAAAUACAACUAGGCAAACUUUGGGAUUUGGAAGAUCUACUUUUAUAUAACGAAAUGAAAGUACUAAAUCAUUUGAAAAAAGGCAAAUUAUUGAACUUGAAAAUAUUAAUUUAUCUCCAUAGUCUACACCUAAAAACAAUUAAAAAUGAAAAAAAUAAAAAAA